AUGGCGUUCGGGCUCCUGCGAUGGCUUUUCGCUGCCGUAGUCGCUGCGCUGCGGUUCGCGUUGCGCGGUGUCCGCAGCGACCCCUUCAACGUGGCAGCCGAAGGCCAGCUGUCGGCGCCAGCCAACACCUGCGACGCAGCUGAGGAGCCACAUUUCGAACUACUAAUCCGAUUGAACAAGCACAACAAGAGAGCCCUACAGUACCUGCGAAAUGCCAUCGCAUACGAUGAGGAGAAUGGCGAUCUCAAGGAACUGGCCAUCGGGCUCUACCGCAACGGCAGUGAGCAACUCCUGAAGGGUAUUUCUAUUGACUUCUCCCAAGGACAAGGUCCUACCUGGGAGUGGGCAAAUACCCUGAAGGAGAAGAUGAGGGCCAACCUUGAGAUCGCCCAGGACAGGCUCGACUUUCUAGAAACGAUGGUGAUGAUUCAGCACCUCGGUGAGGAUCUGCCCUGGCAUGCAGGCGUGGCCCGGCGCCAGGCCAAACCAAAGCGGCGGCGGUGGGAAAAGAAAGACCGGAAAGACGCCGACAAUAGAGGUGACGGCCCCUCGUGGCUAAAGAGGGCCAUCAACGGCGUCGGAAUGACCAACCAGCUGGCGCACAUCAUCCUGGAGGAGAUCGUGGAUGGCUGUCCCGAGGUGCUGUUAAGCGACAUUGCUGGCCAGAAAGAGGCCAAGCAGCUCCACACUGGUAGUGAAGAGCGGAUUCUCGUAAUGGGUGCCACAAGCAGUUCUCAAGAGUUGGAUGCUGCUGCACUAAGGCAUUUUAAGAAGUGGGUGUAUGUCACGCGUCUGGACGUGAACACGCGGAUGCUGUUCCCAGCUAUCUGCGCACCACCCAAGGGCCUGUUGCGCAUUGGGCCAUCGGGCAAUGGCAAGAUCAUUGUGGCCAAGGCACUGCCUUGGCCCACGAGUGCCACUGCACAUGCCUCAACAUCAGUGCAGCUUCGCUCACUUCUGAGUGCGUACCUUUUCGUGGAGAAUCUUGUGGCUGCGCUUCA